GCACAUUUCAUUUUUUCUCGUUAUUGUAAUCUCAGCUCUCUAAAGCUGAAGGGCGCAGGUUUCGGGGUCAUUUAGAGUCGUUUUCCGUUUUGAUAAAACAGAAGGAAAGAUGAUUUUUGCAAACUUUUCUUUCACUUCUUGAUUUCUGUUUCAGCAGUUUAACUUCACCUCUCUUCUCCUUGGACUCCUGGUGACUGCAGCCUCUUGUAAAGGUUGAAUUUCACCUCAGAGGAAUGUGAAAGGAAAGAGGGUGAAUGAGUGAAUGAAGGAGAGGGGAAACAUUGAGAACAAAACAGGGAAGUUGAGCAAGCUCUACCCCUCCCCUUUCUCCCACACACCUCCUCCACACCAGUGCCUCCCUCCCACUCAGUAACCCCCCUCCCCUCCCCAUUUUCACUGACAUUUCUACUACUCACCUGUCCAGUUUACCCCCCUCUCUUUUUUCGCCUUAAUCCGAGCUCCUCCCCUGGAGGCAGGUGAGCCAGUUUGGGGGUAUAAAGGUAUGCCGAUGUGGAGAAACCUAUCUUCUCUGCUCUGAGGAGAGAGGAAGACACGGGACAGACGCAACAGGGCUGAGCGAGAGAGUGUGUGAGUGAGAGAGAGAGAGAGAGAGAGAGAGAGAGAGAGAGAGAGGCGGAGUAGGAAAGCAGCAAUUUAAAAAGACAAUUGGAUUGACUGUUCGCAGACUUGCACUGCAACCAUGGGGCUGGGAGUAAGUAUCUAAACUUCAUCACAUGCUUUGGCCUAACUCUCUAAGAGUCUUUAGAUCUCGGUUUUUGGAUUAGACCUCUUAUGAUUCUCUGUGUUUGAGCUCAGACCAAGUUUCUGUCACAAGUUAUUGCUUACUCUUGACAGUUGUGGAAUCGCCUGAGGUGUUUUAAAGUUUUGAAGCAGACAGUCUUAAGAGAGUCUUUCCAAAAACCGAGAGUUUUUAUGAGCGAGUUUCCCCCCUUAAGAAUGAUUAACACAAGAAGGUUUACAGCAUGUUUGAACAGCAACGUUGACACUGUUUGCCGCUCACACUGGCGCCACAAAAGAGGAAGUCUUCCACAUGUGCUCAGUGUCACGCCGAAGCUGAUUAUGUUUCACUUUCUUCAAUCCAGAGAGGGAAAGAAGAGUACAAACUGGCGGCGACGUCCGAUGGCGGGGAGAAGAAAGGCAAAAAAGGAAAAGGGGAGAAGGAUAUGGACGAUCUCAAGAAAGAAGUUGACUUGGUGAGUACACAAACAAAUGUAAAAAAACCAGUCUGUGUAAACGCCGGGGCCGGGAAAUGUCAGAAACGCUGCGCUUGUGACUCGCAAAAUCCCCUUUAUUCAUACUGAGAGCAGCAGCAGCAGCAGCAGCAGACGUCAAAUAACCUUCUUGAACUUUGCAAUCGUCCAAUACACAAAAGCUGACUCAUACUUUAAAGACAGUCCUGGUCACUGCGAGCCCCUGCUAUUGGUCACAGUCACAGCUGAGACAAACCUCACCGCUGGUCACAUGAGAGCUCGCUCUAUACCUUGUAUUUCAGAGAGAUUGCUACUCAGCGUCACAUGUCAUUAAGGCGUUUUGCAGCUUUACUCAUAAUUCUUGUUUUUAUCUCGAUUUGUCACGACUCUCUUAUCAUGAUCAGUACAUAAGUUUAUCAGCCGCUCUCAUGCAAGUACCAAACUUUCUCUUGUGCACUCUGGAGGCAUGUACAUUUGCAGACUUGCCUACAUUAUGUGGUUUUGAAAUUUCCUGUCUUGUUGAACAGUCGCCCCGAUUUCCACUGGUGUCAGCUCUUUUCUGAAUCGGUUGCUGGCUCAGGUCAUUUCCCAAGGUCAGAGGCGCUCUGGCGUUAAGUUCUGAAUGAUUAUACAGCGACCGUGCAGGAAUCAAAAAAAGCAUUUACUCGCAGAAAAAAAAAAGUGGAUAUUCAAGGGGUUAAGUUUGAUGUUUAGACCAUGGGAGGAGUUUUAUGAGGCUUAUGAAACAAAGUAAAAUUAAUACUGAUGCCUCUUUAUGACCUAGAAAAGCAAAGCAGACCAUCAGUGACAAGAUCGAUGAUUUCUUCAGUUAUUUUUCACACCUAGAAGCACAUUUAGAAACAGUAUUUUCAAGAGUCACAAGAUGGGCAAAAAUUUUAGAAAUAAGCGCAAAUCCUAGAAGCUUUAAAGUUUGAUUGAAACUUUUAUUAAAAGGGCGUCUAAAUUUGAAGUUAGCUCAUGACUUCUGGUUAAAAAACUGCGUUGAAAGGCGAAGAGUCACUGAGAAUGUCCUUGGCAAGGUUACGAGUCGAGUCGGUGCAGACUCAGGUUUUCUCGAAGUGUUUCAUAGAUUAAAUAAACUGCAAAUAAACAUCUGCGUGAUUAAAAUGAUGGUUUAGAUUGUCUUAGAUUUUUGAUAUGAUGUGUUAAAGACUUUUAAAAACUAGAUUUGACCCUCACAAGGUCAUCGAGUCAAGACUUAGAGUGAAAUCUAAAAAUACGUCUACAGAUACUGAUCUUUAAAAACAUCAAAAAAAUUACACUUUUUUCGUCUCUUUUUCACUUUUUAUUCACUUUUUAGUCGAGUUUUCCAAUGUCACCCCGCAGGUCAGAGAGUACUGCAGGUUAUAAGAUGAUAAAAUCCUCAUCUAGGUGACAGAUUAAUGAUUAUUGUCCUCCUUACGUCUUAACUCGAUCUCAAAGUCCUGCUGCUGAAGGUCAUCUCAGCGCCAUAGCAACCGUAUCACCACGCUCGCCGUAUCAUUUACUGCAAUCAACAGCGGGCGCUCUCUCUUCAAAGUGCUUUAAUUUCCAGAGUGUAAAGGGUUAAAGAGUCAUUUACAGUUCCUCAGGUGUCAGACUGAAGCUGAGGUUAAAGAGUAAUGACAGACUGAAGGAAACAGGAGCAGAAGUGUGAGCGACUCUCCUCGACGCCCAUCAAGCUGACAUGUUAAUGAUUAUUGCACCAUCGUAUUGCACCAUCAGAUUAUUAACCGAGGCGUCAAAGUCCGGUCGAAGACAAUGGAAACUGUUCCCAAGGCAACAUAAAGCGGUCUCAGAUUUGAUCCCUCGGACAAAGUCCAGCAGAAAGUGUCCUUUUUUGAAUCUCUGCAGGAGGGCGUGUCUGCGCGUCCAGAUAAGAUCCAAAAACCACGUGUUUUCAGAUCCCUGUUUCCCGAAGGCGGCUUCAAAAGUACUGGAAACGGAGCGUUUAAAAAAAGCAGCACUUGUUUAUAGCAUGAAACAGAACAUUAUCCACGGUACAUUUAACACGGAGCCAUCAGCGGCACCAUAACUUAUCAUUUUCUACACUAGAUAGUGACUGUUGCCUCCACUCAGGACUCCAAACAUCUCAUUUUCAGUCGUUGAAUUAUUGUAAUGUGGAAUAAAUGUCAGCAUUUUUUAAAAAACAGCUCAAAUCUAAUUAAAACAUAAAACUUUAAAAGGUCAGAGUCGAUUAUUUUGAAUCUAAUAAUCGUGUUUAAACCCUUGGAAAAGAAAGAUGUCAUUUCCUCGUUUUAAUAAUCCAAUCCAAAGGACAUACUUUCCAUGUUUAGAGUGUUUGACUUAUUGGAUUUGUCGGGGUGUUGCGAGCAGUUUAGGUUUUCUUUCAUGGAAAAGCAAUUACUCAGGGAGAGAGAAAAAAGACCACAGAGUGUCGUGCAGAAGUGGAAAAUUCAGCUCCAUCUCAAUCACAACAAGAAUUUCUCACAUAUGUGAGGCCAGGAACCGAACACAGAAACUACUGUUGUUGGCGUCUCUUCUUUGGACGUUCUGCUGCUAAGAUGAUGACAUGUAAGUGCUUACACAGUGCUGGAAAAUAAGAGGUGGGAGCCAGAUAUGAUCACAGAUCAUCCAAAUUACAAUCUAUUCAUUCACUGGCUGGAGGCGUUAUCCAAACAACACGGUGUAGGCGCCUGAGAGUGCCAGCUUCUCUGGUUGUUCAUUUCUAGAUUCACUUUUCUUUGAGAUUUCGACAGGAUGAAACCGUCUCAGAUUCUGCACGUCUGAAUAUUUCCCAGCGGCGGCACUUAAUCUGAUUGAAUCAUUAGAUGUUGAUGAGUGUUGAGGCGUGAAUCUGAAAGUGUGGGCGCCUCUUCUGGGUGAACUCCACUGAAAUGUCAAACUCAUGAGCAACACUCUCUGGAGGAAACAUCAGCAUAUCAGAUGGGUGACGCUGAUGGGACUGAAUAGAGUCAGACUGUUUUGAUGAGUCCGUGUGAACUGAGUCUGUGCCCUUCGAUUCAGCUUUUGGAGUCAUCAGAUCUGAGUCAUCUUCGAACCACACUGUACCGCAUGUGUUUAUAAUCCAGAACAGAUGCCAAGUCAACUUUAUGUCCAGGACAUGACGUGAGAUUGUUUUAAUCUCCAGACUGCCUCUAACUCCCUCUCUCCUCCUCUUUCUCCAUAGGAUGAUCACAAGCUGACCCUGGAUGAACUUCACAGAAAGUACGGGACCGACCUCUCCAGAGUAAGUCUGCGAGGCUCGUGUGUUUGUUUCUGUUUAGGCCUAUCGGAGUGAAAGUUACUCCCCAAGGUCGCUGUAUUCCAGCGAGGCAGAUAAACCAAGAAGACGGGAAGUUUUCCCAGAGUGCGGACGAGCCAAAAGCACACGUGUACUUGUAGCUCAGAGCAGAGUGGAUAGAGGCCGUUUUUACAGAUCCUUCACUUUGGAUAUUCAACUUUAACCUUAGAGAUGUGGUUUGCAGAAAAAAACCCGGUCAAGUCUAAGAGGCAGCAACAAAGCAGCGUCAACGCAGAAGUUUAAAUCAGGCUUAAACAAGGAAAACCUAAAAAUCAUAGAUAUCAUAUAACACUAGAUGCCUCACGAUCCUUAUAAUGUUGCGAAGUCCGAGCUGAAAAUGACGGCACACCCAAGUUACCAGCGUUUCAGUUACCAAUUCGGAAGAAAGGAAAAUCUGAGAUGGAAACAAGAUAGCUAAAGUUAUUUUAGUGCUUGCCUUGUCCGAGUAUAAGCAAGGACGAGGCAAGUGCUACAAUAACUAUCGUAGAUGUAGCCAUCUUGUGUCCACCCCUGAUUUUGCCUUCUUCUGACUUACGCUGUUAACUCGGGUGUGACGUCAUUCUCAGCUCGGACAAAAGCAAAAUCGGAGGCGGAAACUACAAAAGGGGAUGCUAAAAUAACUUAAAACAACUAAAAUAACAAGCGCUAAAAUAACUUUCAUAGAUGUAGCCAUCUCAAUUUUGCUUUUCUCCGACUUGGUAACUGAAACGCUGGUAACUCGGGUUUGACGUCAUUCCCAGCUCGGACAUCUGACUUCCGAGGUAACUCGAACGCUGCUAAUUAUAUCUUUGCGGCAAAAGGGCAAAAUAAAAGGCCUCAUUUUCGCAUAUACGCUUUGUAAUGCCAUUCAGAUAAUUUGCAAGUGAUCCCAGGAACAAAGUGGAGCAUCUAUACAGAGUUAUCUUACAGCUUUGAUAAUCUGGAGUAAGGACUUUUAAAAAUAACCCACUGUUUUAGCGUUUUCUAGCAAAAAAGGGAACUAAACCAACAAGACAAAGACGCGUUAUUUUAGGUUAAACCCACAUCUGUAAUGAAAUAACAUCUACCUGAAUAGAUCUGCUUCAGAGGAUGGAGAAAGAAUAUGUUGUGAUUUGAUUGAACUGACCCUCAGGAGUGCCAUUAAACCUCACAGUAGACUAAAACUGGGGGAUCCCUGCUGUUACAAAAUGUUCUUUCCGUUUUGGUCCGUGCUCUUCAUUAAGCCGAGGACACACACACACAUAAACACAAAUACACACUGAAUCCCAUUACACAACCAUACAGCAGCUAAAUGCUUCACUGAUGCUGAUUAUCUGCUGAAAUCUGAUCUGUCUGAGUUUGGCUCCAAACAAAAACUUCAUUCAGGCAGGAACACCGGUCUUAUUGACCCAACCAACAAGGGGAAAAAAAAACUCCUGUUAGGACCUUCAGUCACACUUGACACUUAAUUCUGCUCCAUUUUUAAACUCCGUAAGAAAGUGUGACCUUGACCAUGUGAGGCACUCACUGUUCAUUGAUAAUACGGAUACAGCCUGAUUGUCUCGUCUCCGUCUUCCACCCUUUUCGCUUAUCUGAACCUACGAGUUAGACACAUUACACAGAGCUGUGGAGGAAAGACAAACAGUACUUAGAGGAUUUCUGGAGUCUUUCUUCCUGUGGAUGGAGGUUUCUGCUGUUUUUGUGUAAACCAGCCUCUAAUCCACCACCUCCUGAGGUAAUAGCAGUGUACCUGUUUACCAAAUACAGCAGUCCAGGAGGGGAAAUGUCGCUCUGACUUGUCCUUCAGAGUCAGACGGGCAAAGACAAAGCAACUGAGAAGCAGGGGACAUGAGACUGGACUCACGGGUUUUCGAUUUUGGGCUCUUUUAGUUUACAGAUUAAGAUGUUGGUGGUUUUGUCUAAUAUGCGAAAAUGAACCCUGUCAAAAAAAAACAGAACUAGGUGGCAAACAUAAAUUUGGGAUGAAGAGUUUUUUUUUUUUUUUAUAUAUAUUUUUUUUUAAACUUUUAUUUAUUUAUUUAUUUUUUAUUAAUUUUAAACAAGGACAAAUACAUAGAAAAGACAGACAAAAACAGUUAUCUAAAAUCAUCUUAGAUAUUUAAAAACAACUUUCAUAUUUAAAACUAAAGAUCAACUCAGUAACAGGCGAAGAAAAAAACAAUCAAAUUAAAAAAUAUAUAUAAUUAAAAAAAUAAUUUAACAAAAUUAAAAAAUGAAUAAAAGUAAAAAAAAAUAAACAAAAAAAAAUUAAUUAAAAACAAAAAACAAAACUAUAACUCUUUAUCCCAAACUUUUGUUCUUGCUAAUUUUUUUCUAACCAUCUAGGUCUGUUUUUUUUUUUUAACUUUUUGCCAUAAUCUUAGUCAAUAAGUCGUGAUGUUUUAAGAAUUAAGUGAAAAAUUCAAAUUUAAUAUCCUUUUGCUUUUUGAAAAAAAAAAUUAAUUCAUAUAAAUUAUAUAUAUAUUUUUUUCUUUUUUUUUCUCUCUUGCUUUUUUCUUCCUAUUUUUACUUAUUUCAGUACCUGAGGCCAAAUCAACUUUUUUUUUAUUACUAUAAAUAAUUUGUUUGAUUUUUGAUUAAAUUAAUUUUAAUAUUGAACAAACCUGACAAACCUUUGGGUGUUAUUUAUUAUUGUUAUUGUUUUGUUAUUUAGGUGUCUUCCCUUUUUUUCUGCUUUGUCCUAAACUUAUGUGUUUGUGUUAAUAUGAUUUAUGUUUGACCAUAUGAAAAUAAAACUAAAUGUUAUGUUUAAAAAAAAAAAUGAAAAAAAAAAUUUACAAAAAUUUUCCUCCUUCUUGAAAACCCCAGAUUAUAUUGAUAGGUGAUGGUGGUAAAUCAAGUCCUCAUUGAUGUCUUCUUUGUUCCUCUCUUUAGGGUCUGUCCAACUCCAGAGCCAAAGAGAUCCUGCUCCGUGACGGCCCGAACGCCCUCACACCUCCUCCCACCACACCUGAGUGGGUCAAGUUUUGUAAGCAGGUAAAAGCCAGCUCUCCACCCUUGAUCAUGCAAAAACUCACACCUGGUUUGCAUAUUCAAAUGAUCAGAAGAGUCCUGAAUCAGUCCGCUUGUUUUUCUUGUUUCUAGCUGUUUGGCGGUUUCUCCAUGCUGCUGUGGAUCGGUGCUAUCCUCUGCUUCCUCGCCUAUGGUAUCCAGGCUGCCUAUGAAGAUGAACCCGCCAAUGACAACGUAAGGAGAGCUCCACUUGUAAUUGAGGAAUUACUCCCACCAUAACAGAUUAACUGACUGUUUUCUCUUGCCGCAGUUGUACCUGGGUGUUGUACUCUCCGCUGUCGUCAUCAUCACUGGUUGCUUCUCCUACUACCAAGAGGCCAAGAGCUCCAAGAUCAUGGACUCCUUCAAGAACCUGGUCCCACAGGUGAGUUUUCCAACAUUUGUUCCCAUAUUUGCACCAUAAAAAACAGCGUUCAGUCCCAGUUUCCUCCAGAGUCCAAGAGCCAAUCUUUUUUUUCUCACCUUUGACCCACAGCAAGCCCUCGUCGUCCGUGAUGGAGAGAAGAAAAACAUCAACGCAGAAGAGGUGGUGGUGGGAGAUCUGGUGGAGGUGAAGGGUGGAGACAGGAUCCCUGCAGAUCUGAGAGUCAUCUCUGCUCAUGGCUGCAAGGUUUGUACCUUAACAAACCUUAACCUUGUGCCUGUAGCAAACUUCAGUCAUGAGUCAGUAAAUCCGGGUUGAAGUAGAUUGACAUCCAAAGGUCGCGAGCCAAACGUCCUUGUCAUUACAUCUCACUGCGGUCACCGUGUGUCUGAAUCCCUAAGCAGUCAGUUGUAUCUUCUUAUUCUUAUUUUAUUUUCCCUCCAUUAGGUCGACAACUCCUCCCUCACCGGUGAAUCCGAGCCCCAAACUCGUACUCCGGACUUCUCCAACGACAACCCUCUUGAGACCAGGAACAUCGCUUUCUUCUCCACUAACUGCGUUGAAGGUAGAAAACCUGCAACAACAAAAAAAAAUGAUAUUGUGUCAAGUUUUGAGUUCUCAAGUGCUAGUUCAGGCAAGCUACGAAGUUUGGCCCCGCCCACAUACAUAAGCCGAACGUAGCACCAGCACAAAACAUCAAAUUAACUUUACAACCUCCAUCGCAGCUGUCUUUUGAAGCUGUUUCUGAAUUUACGAGAGUGGUUUGCGGUCUGACAAGGGGGGGUCUCUAAACACUUGCUCCCACUCCCACUUUCUCCAGGUACCGCCAGAGGAAUUGUCAUCAACACCGGAGACCGUACCGUCAUGGGUCGUAUCGCCACCCUCGCUUCCAGCCUUGAAGGCGGCAAAACCCCCAUCGCCGUCGAGAUCGAGCAUUUCAUCCACAUCAUCACCGGUGUGGCCGUCUUCCUCGGCGUCUCCUUCUUCAUCCUCUCACUCAUCCUCGGUUAUGGAUGGCUGGAGGCCGUCAUCUUCCUCAUCGGUAUCAUCGUCGCUAACGUGCCUGAAGGUCUCCUGGCUACUGUCACUGUGAGUUCUGGCGUCACAUGUUGCGUGUUUUUUUUAACAGGAUAUAAGAAGUGAAAUUAAUCAUAUGGAAAUGAUGUUUGGCUCUAGGUGUGUCUGACUCUGACCGCCAAGCGUAUGGCCAAGAAGAACUGUCUGGUGAAGAACCUGGAAGCCGUGGAGACCCUGGGAUCCACCUCCACCAUCUGCUCUGACAAAACCGGCACCCUGACCCAGAACAGGAUGACUGUGGCUCACAUGUGGUUUGACAACCAGAUCCACGAGGCCGACACCACCGAGAACCAGAGUGGAACCUCCUUCGACAGGAGCUCAGCCACCUGGUCUGCCCUGGCGAGGAUCGCCGGACUCUGUAACCGCGCCGUCUUCCUGGCCGAGCAGAACAACGUCCCCAUCCUGAAGGUGAACUAUAUCAGCCUGCAAAGCUCUCCUGUUUGCUUCACUUCACCUUUUCUGAUCAUCACAAAGCUGUCUAAAUAAUUCACCUGUAGAGGAGGUUAUCAAUAACAUCAGCUCGAGGUGUCACGCCGUCUUUCAGGCCGAGCUGUGAGCAAACAGAAAGCUGACAACAUUUCGUUUAAUUUGAUAGUACACAGCGAGGAUUCUGAGAUCCAGUGUGGGAGGUGACUUGGCGAGGAACUUUUUGGAUCCUGCAAAAAUACCAAAUCAGCCAGACUGCACUACAAAUCUUUAUAAAAAGCACUCAACCUAAUGAAAGGCUUUUACGCAAAUAUAUAGCUGCUACCGCUGCUGCUGGUGCUAUAGACAAAGAAGCCAAACAGAGCGAGUGAUUUAUUUCUGAAUGAUGGCUGGCAAGUUAAUUUCUUUCUCAAACUGCUCAGUGGAAGCCAAACAAAAACAAGCAGAACAGGCCGUGAUAGUAGCCAGUGAAACAGUCCGUGAUAUGCUGUCUUUGUGAGUUAAGUCAGUUUCUUCUUACAAAGGGAAAAGCUUUCAAACCCACUGAUGUAUUUAUUUACCCUUCAUCCACAGAGAGAUGUAGCCGGUGACGCCUCAGAAGCCGCCCUGCUGAAGUGUAUCGAGCUGUGCUGCGGAUCAGUCGGCGGCAUGAGAGACAAAUACCCCAAGGUUGCCGAGAUUCCCUUCAACUCCACCAACAAAUACCAGGUACACAUCCUGACAACGUUUCACACAUUUCUAGUGCUCUUUCGUUAUUAAUUGUUUGUUUUUUCAUCAGUUUCAUAAGGGUUUAGUUAAUCCCAUCAUCAUAGGAGCUUACUUUUACCACCCCAAAUACUUGGAAAUAGUGCAAAAAUAACAGAAGUAAAAAUAUUAAAAUAUAUAGUCAUUCUAGAUUUGAUGCAAGCAACAUCUAUCCUAAAGAAAAAAAAAACACUGGGGUAGAAACAUGACUGAGUUAGAGAGGCUGGAUAUUGUCGCUAAAUGAAUGCAACAGUAGGCAUGACUCUGUAGUGGGAAGUAACUGCAUUCCCAAACACUGAUUAUACUGUUAUAUUAUACUACUUGAGGUGACGAUAUUAUGAAUCCCCAAAAAGAGGACACGACUAAGCAGGGAGCGGAGAUUAACUUUGAGAGAUUUUCGGGUCAGAUCGAGUGUUUUUACGCGCUUCUAACUCAGUAAGUCCACGUGACACAAACUGAAAACCUCCAUAUAAAACCCCGGACAUCUGAAGGAUUUUAUAAACUCCCUCAGACAAAGCCAGACAACGCCGGACAGGCCGCACAGCCCCCUAAAAAGAGGGCAUGUCCGGGUAAAACAGGACAUAUGGUCACCCUAUAAACUCGCUUGUUAUAAACGCAUAAAUAAAAAGCCAGCAUCGCUAAUGGUCUGAGGGUCACUUACACAUCUAUGAGGGCUUUAUUUAUUCUAAACAGUAGAUACAGGAACAUAUGCUGCCAUGUUUUCAUAUUACAACAACAUGGCUCAGUAGUAGAAGAGUCCAGCUAGCAGUCCUGGUGCGAUGACGCUGAAUAUUGUCUUAGAAUUAUAUGUAAAUUUUAAAAACAUCAUCAUUUCUGAGAUAAUAAAGGUUGUAAAUGUAACUGGGGCAAUUGUUGAUUUGCACCCCCUUGUGGUUGUUCUACGUCAUAUCACCACUGAUUUGUUUGGGAUGAAUGAGUGUUUUAGAUUUUAAGACGUCAUCAAAACAGAUUUAAAACUACAACACUUUGUCCCUUAGCUCUCCAUCCACAAGAACGCGACACCAGGAGAAACCAAGCACCUCCUGGUCAUGAAAGGAGCCCCCGAGAGGAUCCUGGACCGCUGCUCCACCAUCAUGAUCGCAGGAAAAGAGCAGACUCUGGAUGACGAGAUGAAGGACGCUUUCCAGAACGCUUACGUUGAGCUGGGAGGACUUGGAGAGAGAGUGCUGGGUACGAACACGUGGCUUUCACACUUUUACGUCUUGAUUACACGGCGAAGAAAUCAGACCCCUGACUAGUGUUUCUUUCCCGCAGGUUUCUGCCACUUCAGCCUGCCUGAUGACCAGUUCCCAGAUGGCUUCGCUUUUGACACUGAAGAGGUGAACUUUCCCACUGAGAACCUGUGCUUCAUCGGCCUCAUGUCCAUGAUUGACCCUCCUCGUGCCGCUGUGCCAGAUGCUGUUGGAAAAUGCAGGAGCGCUGGAAUCAAGGUCUGAAAUUUGUAUCCACGGCGUAGGAAUCCCAACAUUUCACCGGGCAGAAAUAUUCAAAAAUCAUUUCUUGUUCACAGGUCAUCAUGGUCACAGGUGACCAUCCUAUCACAGCCAAGGCUAUUGCCAAAGGUGUGGGUAUCAUCUCUGAAGGCAACGAGACCGUUGAAGACAUCGCCGCUCGCUUGAACGUACCAGUGUCAGAGGUCAACCCCAGGUUAGUCUCUCACUAAAGCUUGAACUCUAUAUUUACGUUCUAGAUGUAAUCUGGUUACUGAUCAAAAUUGUGUUUCUGGCGAAUAUGGACCGACUUGAGUGGUUAGUUUGUCAUCCCACUUUCAGUUUUUGUCUGUGGCAGCACUUCAACUGCUUGAACAAAAUUUCAUCAGUGUUGGCUAAAGAGGUCCUGUUCACUCCAUCGCCAGAAAGGCUUUUACUGUUUUCUACUGCAGACUCAUAAAUCCAUUCUGGUCUUGGAGCAGAUGGCUGAUUUGAGUCUCUGUCAGCAUCAGCAGAGCGCAGUCUCUCAUGGAAAUUAAAAAAUGUUGGAGUCUUGGAGGGGAAACUUCGACAAACUAAUCUUUUUAUACUUUUGUCUCUUAUCCGGUUGUAACUAAUGGUCCACUGCUGUUAUGAUUUCCUUUCUAGGGAUGCCAAAGCCUGCGUCGUCCACGGUGGAGAGCUGAAAGACAUGACCUCAGAGCACCUCGAUGAUGUGCUGAAACACCACACUGAAAUCGUCUUCGCCAGAACCUCUCCUCAGCAGAAACUGAUCAUUGUGGAAGGUUGCCAGAGACAGGUACGAUCAUAAAGAUGCAUCCAAAGACAUCCUCCAUGCUUGAUCGUCUGUUUUUGUUAGAAAUCUUACAAGUAUCUUGUUUUCUUUCCUCAGGGAGCCAUUGUAGCUGUAACAGGUGACGGUGUGAACGACUCUCCUGCUCUGAAGAAGGCUGACAUCGGUGUUGCCAUGGGUAUCGCCGGAUCUGACGUCUCCAAGCAGGCGGCUGACAUGAUCCUGCUGGACGACAACUUUGCCUCCAUCGUUACUGGAGUGGAGGAAGGUAAGACCUGAACCUGCAGAGUUGUGAAAGCGGAGACCACAAAAAGCAUCAUGUAACUGGAUUUCCUCUCUUUUCUAGGCCGUCUGAUCUUUGACAACUUGAAGAAGUCCAUCGCCUACACCCUGACCAGUAACAUCCCUGAGAUCUCACCCUUCCUGCUUUUUAUCAUCGCCAACAUCCCGCUGCCUCUGGGAACCGUCACCAUCCUCUGUAUCGACCUGGGAACUGACAUGGUAAACUACCUCAAGGAAUUAUUCUUCAGGGACAUCAAAACACGUUCUUGGAAGUUAAACUGCAUCUGUUCUCUCUCAGGUUCCCGCCAUCUCUCUGGCUUAUGAAGCAGCUGAGAGCGACAUCAUGAAGAGACAGCCCAGAAACCCCAAAACAGACAAACUGGUGAACGAGAGGCUGAUCAGUAUAGCCUACGGACAGAUUGGUAAAUUGAUUGAUAAUGACGCCUGAUCAAUUCUACCUUUAACGGACCCGUCUGAUUAAAGUCUUUCCUUUUUUCUUCUAGGUAUGAUGCAGGCCACGGCUGGGUUCUUCACAUACUUUGUGAUCCUGGCUGAAAACGGUUUCCUCCCCAUGGACCUGAUCGGUAUCAGAGUGCUCUGGGACAACAAAUAUGUCAACGACUUGGAAGACAGUUAUGGACAGGAAUGGGUUAGUAAUCACCAUUUGUGUCUAUUUUUAUUAUCAAUGGUUUUCUUUUAUUUCCUCAUUUCACUUCUAUAUUGAAUUGUUACCUCAAGUUACAUAAGAAACUGGAUAAGCAUUCAGAGAAGGAAGUAAUAAAGGGGAAGGAACUCGGUUUGGCCCAUAGACUGUUUAUAGAAUGGACAGAGUCAGCCUCCUCUCUGGGUGAAGCCACUCCGAGAACAGCACCCUCUGUUGAUGGGCUGCAGUAUAGGUCAUAAAUCCUGCCUCCUCCAGCAAUCCCUAUGGAGCUGUGGACAAACUUUAGAAAUUUAUUACAUAGAAUAUAAAUUUUUCUCUCCCCUGCUUGUGAUGUUGACAUGUAGUUACAGUAAGACUAGUUUGUGCUCAAGUCCUCUUUUUUCUGUACGGCUCUGUUUUUAAAAGUUAUUAGGGGGUUCAUGUUUUCUAUGAUUGACACCUGAUACAGCCUAUGGGUGUACGAAGAUUACGUAGCUCACCGGGAGGAUACGCUGUUUGAGCCGAGCAUCAUCACAGCCACUCUGGGCAACUCUACCGCCGAAUGCGUUCAACACUACUGCGCAAUGUUGAUUUUAGGAAAUGGAGAAAAAACGUAGAAUUACCGAGAGCUUUUCGGCUUCAAAACCGUAUACUGGUGGAAGGCGGAACCAAGUUGUCCACAGUAUAUACAGUCUAUGUUUUGUUCCCUUGGUGGAGCUGGGAUUCAUCCUUGCAGCAAUCGAGCUGGAGAAGUUCCUGCUAAGAGGUUGUGGGCAGAUAAAAACAGAAGAGGCCCCAGGAAAGAGCCGAGGGGAACUCCAGUGGUGACAGAAAACAUUUUUGUUUGGCUGUUUUUGUCGCUCAUUGAGACAUAAAUUAAAAAUGGGCAAACGGGAUGAGGUCUGUUUGGUGGACAGAUUAGUGUUGAAAUUAAUGGUAAAUUAGAGAAGAGGCCCCAGGACAGAACCCUGGAGGACACCAAAAGUAAUAGAAAAUAAGUGCUUCUGUUUGAUUAUUUUUCUACCUCAUUUUGACAUAAUUGUACAUUUUGGGAAAACAGUGGUUUACUAUCGAGUUAAAAAACUUGUGUGAGUGCAGAUUUGAUUAAAAAAACUUCACAUUCGACCUUUUGAAAGAGAGUCGAAACAUCUCCAAGAACCUCAAACGAGUCCAGUCACCCUUUUAACAAAGAAUUGAGUUACUUACAUUCAUGUUCUUAAAAUGUUCUCUCCACCAGACGUACGAGCGCAGAAAGAUCGUCGAGUUCACCUGCCACACAGCCUUCUUCGCCAGUAUUGUGGUCGUGCAGUGGGCCGAUCUGAUCAUCUGUAAGACCAGGAGGAACUCCAUCCUGCAGCAAGGAAUGAAGUACGUAUGAAUCGGCACAGAAAGUAUAGAAAGUCACAUCCAAACUUGUACUUGCUGUCAACUAUGGAUUAAUGGAUUGAUGAGGUUAAUUUAGUUCAUGAAAAUUAGAUGUUUUAUUUGUUCUUAAUUGUCUCCUUUUACUCUAGGAACCGAAUCCUCAUCUUCGGACUGUUUGAGGAGACGGCUCUUGCUGCCUUCCUUUCAUACUGUCCUGGCAUGGACGUGGCCCUCAGAAUGUACCCUCUCAAGUAAGUAAAAACACACUGACACACACACACUCAUACACACACACUGCAGCCUUUUAACCAAAGAGUUGAACUUUACCUGACCGGAGUGACUUUCUAUUUCUGUCGAUACACUAAUUAUCUGAUCAGCUCUUUCAGUCUGUGGUUGUUCCUGUCGGUAUGAUCUCAUUUUCUGUGUAAACACUCAGAACAUUCAUUUUAAUGCAGACUGGGGGAUUUGAUGAGCACAAUAUGCAUUAUCCUUAUUAAAGUGGUCAUCCGUGAAAUCCUUUUUUCUCUGAAUUUGCCGACCUUCGCCACAGAGCGUCUUCCACAUUGUUGUCCCUGCUGAAUUUCACUCACGUCCACACUUUUUCCAGCAGAUCCAUCCUGCUAUGACAUCCAAACACACCACAAACACUCUCAUAAGAACUCAUUAGUUAAAGAACCUAAUAUUCAAAGCGAGGUAUCAUCAGCAUAUGAAUUGAUCUAAAUGGUCUAAUGUCCCCCUGAAGCUCUCCAAACCCCCGUGGAUAUACGACUCUUUCCUUCAACAGUCUGCGAAAGUGUUUUUAUCAUUUUUGUCACUUUCCUGCUCAAACUAAAUCUCUCUCCGUCUGUCCUUCUCUUCCUCAGGCCAUGUUGGUGGUUCUGUGCCUUCCCCUACUCCCUCCUCAUCUUCCUGUAUGAUGAAGCCAGAAGAUAUAUCCUCAGACGCAACCCAGGCGGUAAGACCCUUAUUUAAGCUUUUUGGGUUCUUUUAUUAGGACUUUUAUAUCACAGGUCUGCCUGUGCUCUCUGUAUCAGGAGGUAAAUGUUGUCUCUGUCCAAAACAAAUCCAGUCAAAAUGUUCAUAGAUGUUUCUUGUAGUUCCCAUUUUAAAAAAAACUCUUAAUCUUCCCACUAUUUUUUAAUGAAAAAAAUGGCCCCAUAAUUUUGCAUAAAGAUUGUAUUUGAAGUUUUACAAACUUCCAGGAUAUAACUGUAAGUGUCCCAAAAAUAUAUCAAAAAUUUGCAAAGUUUUACAAAACCUAACCCAAAAUCUUUUCUUUAAAAAUUCUAGAUGAGACCCAAUUUUUUUUUCUUCAAUUUUUCAGUUUAAAUUUUUCAUUGAAAGUUUCCCAAAUUUUUUCAAAAUAAAUCUUAAAUCAAAAACUCCAAAGUUUGACAACAAUUUCCUGAACUGUCACUAAGGUCUCCCAAAAAUACAAUCAUGACAUCCAUUACAUUCUUAAAAUUUUGUUUUUGAUUUUUCAAGCGUUACAAAAUUCUUAUGAACUUAUGAUGAUUUUUCUAAAAAACCAAAUGUUUAAAAUUUUAGAUAUAUUUUUAAGAUUUUUUUUGAAACUCUGGAAAUACCAGUUUAUAUCUGAAAGUUUCCCAAAAUCCUUUUAAAAAUUUAGUCAUAUUUUGGGAAAAUUUUCCUCAUAAUUUAGCCUUUUUUUUUUCAAAUUAAUUAUGUAAGGCUUCCACUGGAUUUCAGAAAUUUCUUUAGUAAAUCUUUAAAAUUUCUGUAGAUUUUUCUCAUUUUUGGAAUUCACGUUCUUGUUUCUAAAGGUCUAUUUUAUUUUAUUUUAUUUUAUUUAUUUAUUUUUCUAGCAACAUUUUAGGAAAAAUCUUAAAAUUUCCACAGAAAAAAAGUCCAGGAGGUCUCAAAGUUGAGCAGAAAAAAUCAAGUUCUAAAAAUUUGCUCUCAUUAUAUUUCAAAAAUUCUUUCACUGUUUCCUCAGUGAAAUACUUUGCUUAACAACCAACAAGAACUUUUUUUUUCUCCCACUCACUAAUUGGCAGAUAUUUUGUCUGAUACAGAGAGUAAAAUCAAUACUGUAGUGAUAAAUGAUGAUGUAAAGUUGAGGGUACAUGGAGCUGUUUGUGUCCCCUUGUGUCAGUUUCAUGUGUGUUUGUGGAUGUGUGUGAUAUCUCCAUCAAAACUGCGCCCCACACAGACCAGUGAACUGUGGCAGAUGGCAGAGCCCAGAGGGAUUUCAACCCUCAACCCCUCCAUUGUUAGCUAAAGCCUCGUUCCAUUCACGGAUCUGAGUACAACCUGUAUGCAGGGCUGGCUUUAGUGCAGCUGUUUGUGUGUUCGUGUGUGUUUGUGGGUCUGCUCCAUCUGAGCCCCUCCGCACAGAUCAGUGAACAUCCCAUUGCCCAUCCAUGGUGAAUAAUUUGUUACCAACAGAGAGAGAAAACAAGUCAGAGCCACAGAUUUCCAAACAAACAGGAAUGGAUUAAAGCAGAUAAAGACAAGAGCUAAAACUUUGGUGUCUGAAGUUGAACCCAUGAUUCCAGUCCAGUGAUUUUGAGCUCUCUAUGAAACACGACUUCUCCAUGUUUGGGGCCUAAAAAUAAAACGCAGCUCUGGGCUCAGCGGAGCGCAGCCAAAAGAUGCGAAAUCACACAAGUCAAGCAUGCAAAUCUUGUCAACUUCUCAUGAAGUUUUAUGAGAUUUACAUCUUUUGGGUCAUGAGUGAUGAUAUCAUCCAUCUCCCCGUCUCUUCACAAAGAAAGUCGUGGCUCUGAAUCAUUGACACUAAUCAUGUCCCGUGAUUUCACCCUGCAGCCUGAGCACAAAGUUAAAAGUCUCUGUAUGACAACAAGAAAAUUCAGACCCUGAACAUGUCCCUAAUUGUGUCUCCUUUGGUUUCCAGGUUGGGUGGAGCAGGAGACAUACUACUGAGUCGACACAUACGCAGAGGGGAGCAGUCAGUGUUUCAUCGUUUUUUGCUGCCAUGUUACAUAUUUGUCUGAAAUGUUAGCCAGACGGGAAAAAAACACAAAAACAUGGAUAAAUUAAGAAAAUCUUGAUGUAUAUGUCCUUCUCAAUAAAAUAUUUCCUUACCAUUGUA